GUUCGGACUUCAUAGAAUUUCGUAUCGAAUUAAAAAAACAAAACCCUUUCUAAAAAUCUAAAGAAGACUGAAGAACCAAUGUUGGAAUGUUGAUAAUGUUUGUGUCAGUUAAUAACAUCGCACAAACAAUGGAAUAUUGAAAACCUACUGAAGAUCACAGAGUGAAUCAAUCAAAAUGUCCAGUUCUAAAAGAUCCCCAAGGGCUAUGCCAAUGGAAACUAUAAUAACUCGUUACAAAUCCCAACAAAAGCAUAAUAACAUCAAGCAGAACAAAAAUGUCACAAAAUCAAAAUCUAAACCGAAACCUCAAGAGCAAUAUGUGUGGAAACAGAAACAAACAAAGUCUUUAAACGAAGAAAAUAAUAUAAUAGUAUUGGAUGACGAUCGUGAGUUCUAUCCUGACAAACCUAAGAGGAACAUUGGAUGUCCAAAAAUUGUAUUGAAGCCAAAAUAUAGCAUGAAACUGAUUGGUGGUACUAAGAGCAGUAACAAAAGGAAACUGCAUAUGCCACAAAAAGAUGUAAAGCGGACCAGGCCAAAUACACCUUCGUCAGCAUCUAGUGAUACUGACCCUUCCCCCAACCACCAUCAGCCAGAAUUGAGUAUAAAGGACAUGGUGCUUCUGAUUGAAGAAGAGGGGGGAUUAGACGAUGAGGAGUUAUUAGAGAUACUGACAUGUCCUAGCCCCGUGUGGUGGGAAGACCCGCCCAAUGGUUAUAUAGAAGAUCCUAUAUUCUCAAGAUCAAAACCUGCUGAGCAGAAAAGCAUCAAGAGUCAACUGCUAGAAGAGGAAAGUAAAGAAGCAGAAAGGCGGAAACAGAGGGAUAAAGAAUUAGAAUCAAAAGAUCCCGAAAAUCUGGAUGUUUCGAAAUUAGCUAUUAACGUUGAAAAUCGCGGAAUUAAUUUUGUUAACAGGCGUAGUAAACUAGAAUCAUUACUAGGUAACAUAAGAAAUAGAAUAAAAAGCGACAGCGAUGGAAAUAAUGGAGACAAAAAUAUGACUAAUAGAUUAAAUGAUAGGAAUAUUGAUAAACGUGGCAAAACUGACGAUUCGAAUACAAUUCUCAAUUUGGAAUCCAAAGCGAAAGAAGUUAAAAGAAAUACUGACAAGGCAUUAAAUACAAAUAAAAAAAAUAAUAGUCACACAAAUAAAAAUCAAGGUGGACUGAAACCGAAAUAUCGUAAACGAAAAGUUUUGGAUUCGAAAAAAGACAGUACUGCGCCUAAAACGAAAAUUACUAAAAAUAGUAGGAAAAUAAGGCGAAGCAAAAGAAAAACUGCAGUUAUUAAACUGGAGUUUGAUCUCAAACAUGAUGAUAAGUUUGAGGGUAGCAGAAAUAUAACUACAAACGUAGAAACUAAAUCAACUAAUAGUAUGAACAACUGUGAUGAGAACAAUACACCAUAUACAAAUAAUCUACAGGAUCAUAAUAAACAUUUGAAAAAACGUAACAAAGAAUCUUCUAGUUCGAAUGAAUCAUUGGAAGAAGAUCAUCUAAUAGAUUUAGAAGACCAUGAACUACUCAGUUUAGAAAACAUAGAAAUUCCCAUUGCUCCUAAAAUUAGAAACCCAAAGUACAAAAUAGUUAAAAGAGUUGGUGUUAAAUUAAAGAAAAGAAUGAAAUGCGAGGAAACCGCAACCGAUAAGUCAUCGAAUAAAAUUAAUAAUACCGCAUUAAAUUGUAACUUAGUGAACAAACCUUCUUGCAACAAUCAAAAUGAAGUUGUCUGUACGAAAAAGGAAAUAGAAAAAUCGGAUGAGAUUCCAGAAUACUGUGAUGAUACAAGUCCUGAUAAAAGCACACAUAAUCGAGUAAAAAAAAUUGAUACUACACCUAGACAAAUCACAAACAAAUCAAAAGUAGAUAUAAGUUUGACUAACAUUAAAAGUGAUAUUUCAUUAGAUAAAAUUGCGCCUACUAAUAUAAAAAAGAUAAGAGCAAUUAAAAAAAGGCCUUUAAAUAAAAGAAAUAAAAAUGGUGGCUUGAAAAACACUCCCUCCAUUAAAGUUGUGAUACCGUCAAGCUUUAGCAAAGACGAUGUUCGCCAAAGUGUCAAAAGGGAAAUGUCACACUUUUUAAGCGAUAUAAAAAAGGUAUGUAAAUUGAAGAAUAAAGAAACGACUGUCAUUGAAACUAAAGAUAUUGAAAGCUGUAUUAAUAAUAGCAAAACAACUAAAAAGGAUUUAUGCGCUAAGGCCGUUGAUGAAAUACCAAGUGCUGAAGCUAAUAAAGUCGCAAAUGAAUUAGAUGAUUUUAAUAAAACCAUUAACAACUCUGUACCAAACGAAAAUAUUUUAAGUUAUAAUAUCACCAAAAAUGAUUCUACUUUGAAUCAAAUUACCGUUAACUGUGAGAAAGGAAACAAAACUGACAUAAUAAGUGAUACUAAAGGUGAAAUUGAUAACGCAAGAAGAUAUUCCAUAGACUCUGCUUUUAGUGACAAAAACAUGUCUGUUGAAUAUCUUGAUAUGAGUUUAUUAGAUGAAGAUGAACAUAAAGUUGAACCGCUAAGUAAUGAAGUCAAAAGUGAAUGUGAUGAUAAAACACAAGAUGUAGAACCAGGUAUUAAUAAAAAUAGUCAAAUAGAUAUCAGAUCAGAGCCUGAGUUGUAUGAUCAAUUUAAUGAAUCCGGUAAUAAUGACAUAAUUCAAUAUAUAAGAAGAAAUAAUAAGGACAUAGAUAAAGAAAUCAUAAAUAACGAAAGUUUUAACGCUGGUUGUACGAUGAGUCGAAAUUUUAGAUCUUCAAGUCCAAUAAAACCAACAAAAAAGUCACCAAAUGUAUGGGCACCAGAAAAAGACAAUUUAGAUAAUGAUAAACAAUCAGAAUAUAUUGCGGUUUACAAAAUUAUAAAUAACGAUUCCGACAUUGAAAGUAAUUUAUUGAAAACCAGUGGAGUUCAAGCUUAUGAAAAUAAUGAUGUGCAUUCGAUCAAAGUAAUCAAAACUGAAGAUUCAUAUGAUGCUGAAUAUUUAUCGGAAUUCUAUGAAGAAGAUAAUGAAGGAAAUACAUCUGUGAAGUUAGAUAAUGAAAUAAAUUUAAUUAACUUAAAUAAAGUCCAGAAAAUUCCAGGAAAGAUAAACAAUUCAGAAAACUUAAUUAAACCAAAUGAAGUUGCUGACACUGCAUCUAAAUGUAAUGAAGGAAUUCUAGUAAACCCGGAUGCAUCUAAAAUAAACAAUUAUUUUCAACAACGAAAACAAGUUCGCAAAAAGAACUCGCGUAGCAACACACCUUGUAAUGACAAAUAUAGCGAAGGAAAACUCAGACAAGUAAAAAAAAAUAAUUGUCAAUCGUGUAGUUUAAAAAAUAAAUCGAUUUUGAUCUCAACGAAUGAUACAGUAAAAUACUGCUUGGUGUGCUCCUCUAUCUAUGACACAGAUAAGUGUAAAUAUUGUAUUAAAAAAAUUAAGUGUUCAUGCAAGACUCUUGAAGAGUACAUAUGUGAUAAAUGCAGUAUAAAAGUGAGUGAUAAAAAAAGUAUUAUUGAUCAUUUGAACGUGUGUAAUGUGGGUGGGUGAAGAGUGUAACUGACACAGCACAACCAGUUGAUACAUAAAAGAAAGAAACGAAAUUAUGGAUUGGUACGUCUAUGUAAUGUUUAUUAAAAAGUUGAUCUUUCAUUUAAUUUACUCAUUAUUGCAAUAGGGUUUUUGGCUUUUUUUUAUCGUCUCAAUUUAACCAUAAUGCUAUUUUGAAGUUUACAAUAAUUAUUUUUUCAUUUCGUCACGAUUUUUCAGCAUUUUAAAUGUAAUACAGUAAAAAAUUAAUAAAAAAAUGGCGCGUAAACGCUCUGUUUCCGGUCAUGUGACUGCAAUGGCGUCACAAGUCUAAAAAAAUGGAUUAACGACUAGUAAACUGCAGUUUCUAAAAUCUAUUUUUAAAGGUUUAUUUAGGAG